AUGAUUGAACAAACCAUUUAAGUGAACGUCAUUAAAAAAUUAGCACUCAAAAAUGCGAUAGUAACUUAGAUUUAAACUCCACAAGCACCAAAGAAGAAAAGAAAAUAUACAUCCUUAACACCAGUGGAUUAACCAAAAAGAAUAACUUAGGAGCACAAAGCCAUAGGUACGCAAAAACUAAGCGAAUUAGUUAGUAUAUUGUAAUAUUUAGGAAAUUUUUUUGAAGUAAAAUAGUUUAAACUGCAAGCAGUAAAUCCAAAACUGAAAACUAAUAAGUUAGAUAAGUUAAAGUUAAUGAUUGAUAUUAUGAUGCAGGGCAGGGCAACCAAAAAUAUGUAAGACUUUAAGAUAGUAAGAAAUGUCUUACUAUAAACUUUUCUAACCUCUUCUUAAAAUUUAUGUUCAAGAGAAGAAGAUUCAAAGCGAAGGGAAUACUUGUUCAUAUUUAUUAUCAAAAACACAAUCUACUGA